CGGAAGAGAACUCGAGAGGCUGGCUUUACGGCUGAAUGCAGAGUUUGGUCUGAUUGAAAUAGCGAGUCGGGCUAUAAUUGCACAUUGCUCGUCUGUCUGUCACGGGGCGAUAAGUUUUGGGAGAGAGAUCAGGGGAAAAAAAAACACAGCGAGCUGCUAGCGCCAGACUCCACACAAGAGCUCAAGAGAAAAGCGUCUCUACCUCCUCUUGGCAGACUGGCCAACGGGAACAUCAGUGUAUGAGAAAGCAGCGCCGAAGGAUCAACUUUAAGUGGAUUGUGUAAACUGAAAAAUAGAGCUCGGACUUUGAAGGGGACAGGGACUGUAAUCCCAGAGACAAACACACACAUACCAAAAAAAAGGGGGUUGCAUUCGAAGGUUGGCCGCGAUGGAAGUGGAUCAGCCCCGCUGGAUGACUCACCAUCAUCCCGCCGUGCUGAAUGGACAACAUCCCGACUCUCACCACCCAGGCUUGGGACAUGGGUAUGUGGACUCUGCGCCCUAUCUCCCGUCCGAGGAAGUGGAUGUACUUUUCAACAUUGAUGGCCAAGCGAAUCACGUCGCAUCAUACUAUGGAAACUCGGUCCGGGCCACCGUGCAGAGAUAUCCACCACCACACCACGGGAGUCAGGUUUGCCGCCCUCCUCUGCUUCACGGCUCUCUGUCCUGGCUUGAUGGAGGAAAAUCCCUGGCUUCUCAUCAUAAUGCUUCUCCUUGGAAUCUGAGUGCAUUCAGCAAGGCUCCACUCCACCACAGCUCCCCAGGAGCUCUUUCUGUCUACCCUCCAUCCUCAUCAGCCUCCCUGUCAGCAGGACACUCCAGCCCUCACCUCUUCACCUUCCCCCCUACCCCUCCCAAGGAUGUCUCCCCUGACCCGACCAUCUCCACCCCCGGGUCGACCAGCUCCAGCCGCCAGGAGGACAAGGAGUGCAUCAAGUACCAGGUGUCCCUGGCUGAGGGCAUGAAAUUGGAGACAGGAUCCUCUCACCCCAGAAGCAGCAUGGCAUUAGGAGGGUGCUCAUCCUCAGCCCAUCACCCUCUGGCCUCUUACCCACCUUACGUCCCUGAAUACAGCUCCAGCCUCUUUCCAUCUGGCAGCCUGUUAGGAGGAUCUCCCCCGGGCUUUCCUUCCAAAUCAAGACCGAAAGCACGUUCCAGCACAGGGGAUCGCGAAAAAAUACUUCGUGACUGUAAAUUGCACCAUUUGGAAGUUGACCGAUCAAGCUGUAGUGAACUGGGGAUAUGUGCAUUCGACAUUUUAAUAGAAGGUCGAGAAUGCGUGAACUGUGGAGCCACCUCUACCCCCCUGUGGAGGAGGGACGGCACUGGGCACUAUCUGUGUAAUGCUUGCGGUCUGUACCACAAAAUGAACGGCCAGAACCGACCUCUCAUCAAACCCAAGAGGAGACUGUCUGCGGCCAGACGGGCAGGGACGUCCUGUGCUAACUGUCAGACUACGACCACCACAUUGUGGAGACGGAAUGCCAAUGGAGACCCGGUCUGCAACGCCUGUGGACUCUACUAUAAGCUCCACAACAUUAACCGACCACUGACCAUGAAGAAGGAAGGAAUCCAGACCCGGAAUAGGAAAAUGUCCAGUAAAUCUAAGAAGAGCAAAAAGACCAACGACGGUCUGGAUGAGUUUUCAAAGAGCCUCAUGGACAAGGCCAGUUCUUUCAGCCCCGCAGCCCUCACAAGACAUGUGUCGCCGAUCCAUCAUAUUCCACCCUUCAGCCACUCGGGUCACAUGCUGACGACACCGACACCGAUGCAUCCACCUUCCAGCCUGUCCUUUGGACCUCACCAUCCCUCUAGUAUGGUCACUGCGAUGGGCUAGAGGUCUCCCAUUCAAAGCUUGGGGACUAGGGCUGCAGAGCAAGCAUGCUUUGCACUAACAUUUUCCAAAUGAAACAAAAAAACAAAACGAGCACCGUCCACCCAAUUUCAGAUGUCAGGAAGCCUCUGAGACUGGACGACCGCACACAAUACUUCUGUUAGUCAGCUUCGUUCAGAUAAGGGGUUUCCCAAACAUCACCUGUAAGGAGCGCAUUAUGCUGUGUAUGUAUUGCUCCACCACUGACUCCUCAACCACCAUUUGUGAAUACGUCAUUGUAGACUCAUCACCUGUUUAUUUGUAAGACAGGAUCUUGUGCUGUGAAAUAUAAUUUUAAACAAGCUACCACCCAACUUCCCUCCCUUUAUCCUCCAUCUCCAAUCUUGCAAAUACCUGUAAAAUAUACAAUGAUGAAUGGGUCAACUGUGAGACUGCGUGGGGGUUCUGUUUGUACCCUGAUCAGCCCUGGAUGGUUGAGGACCCUCGAACCAAGAGGGAGAUGAAUAGAGUUUGAAGAGGAGACAGCAAACUGACAGAAGAGAGCCAGGCUACUCCUCUCUGCUCGUAAAACUGCCGAAAACAAACUCCCAGAUCUACUGCCUCACACCAGCGGAAGUUGUUUGAUGCAUUACCUUGUAGACAGACCAUUUAUCUGGCUUUAGCCUCCACAUAGGAAGUACUAUCAGUUGCAGGCAAUCAGUGUUAUACACGGAUAUUGCCAAUGAGGACUGUGGACAGCUAUUGUCCUUGACUGAAAUGCAUUGUGAACAAGUUCCUGUAACUGUUGUUUGUAUGUAAGUAAUUCAGACUACCAGAAGAUGAUGUAGAAGAAUUAUUUCAUUACACGCUAUACAGACUGAAUGGUUGUAUACAUUUAACAGAAUUAUUAUUGCUAGUGGAAAAAAAAAGACUGCUACAGUUUUGUUCGAUAAUUUUCUUUCUUUAAAAAAAAUAAACUAGAUUUAAUUUUGUUGAUCUAAUGCGGUUCUGCUUGAGAGGGUUUUUUAAUUUUGUUUUGGGUUGCUAAUGUUUGGAUGGUUUCCUGGCACCACAGCGUCUGUUUUUGCUUGUCCCUCUCACCACAAUAUUUCUGCUUUUGUGGGUGUACAGGAAAUAUAAAAAUUGCAUGUUAGCACUAUUGGCUUCAUAGCCUGAGGCCUAGUGACAAAAUACUGUGGUUCUGGUAAUGUGUACCUCCUGUGAUCUUCAGGUCUUGCUCUAAGGGUUUCUGUAGCUUUGAGAGUCAAGUACUGUAACUGUUGUCUCCUUAACUUCACAUAAAACAUUAAAAUAAUUAUAAAAAAAAAACUUCAGCUCCAUGUGCAACUUUUAACUGCUACAGACUUUUUUUUUCAAAAGAGAUGUGAAUAAAACAUUUACAGCUUCUAAAGUCUAUUUACAAGCCCUUUCUUAAAAGGUUAAAAAAAAGUCUCUUUUGCUUUCAACUUGUCCAAUCUUUUCUACCUCAACCACAUGAAGUUAAUAAAGGACUAAAUAACUGUAAAAACUCAUUAAAUUCAGCACAUCUGGGAGUUAACAAGCAAGUUAUGGUCAGUCCUGUUAACAGUGCAGUGCCAGUAAACCACCCAAAAACACUGAUGGUGCUGUGCACCCUUAUCCAUGGUGCAAAGCGUACAUAUUAUGUAAUAACCACUUGUGCAUCUUUUUAGUGGCUGAUUUUAAACAUAUCAUCCAUUAAACAUUUAAUUUUCCUUUAUUUUUUGUUGUAAAAUAAUUCCUGUCUUGUUCUUAUAGUUUUCAAGGUACUGACAAAGCCAAAAAGGAUGUGCAAUAUGACAUAGAAAACUGGCGGCGUAGACAAAUGUGACAGGUUCUAAGUUAUUUGUACAUUAUGCAGUACCUUUCAGAUGUGGAGCUUUAAGGAUACAGUAUUUCUCUUUUUUUUCUAGUAAAGUAAGUUAUUGGUGAAUAGAUAUUACCUGACCUGUUCCUAUCUCUUGUAAAGAAUGGAAUACUAUGCUACUUGUAUUAAUAAAUGAACAAAGUGUA